AAAAUAAAAUCAAAAUCCAUUUCUUUAACAUAAAGAAGAACAGAAAAAAAGGAAGUUUUUUCUUUCCCAUCUCCACACAUAAAAAAGAAAAAAAAAACGAAGCUUGAAUUCAAAUCAAUCAAAUAACAGUCUCUGUUUCUAAAUUGUUGCAAAUGGCAUCAUCUUAUUCAACUCCUGCUGUUCCCAUCUCUGCACCUCUAGCUCCCAAGAAGGAGAACAACACUCCCGUCGGCUCAAAAAUUGCCGAAUUGAAUGAAUCAAGGGCUGAGCUACUCAGUAGAAUUCAAGGAUUGAAACUGGAUCUGCAAAAUUGGAGAUCAAAAUUGGAUACCCAAGUUAAAAUUUACCGCGAUGAGCUUACAGACCUGAAGAAAACACUUAAUGUUGAAGUUGAUCAACUCCGUACGGAAUUUCAAGAUCUAAGGAACACACUCCACCAGCAACAUGAAGAUGUUACUGCAAGCUUGAGAAAUUUGGGGCUGCAGGAUGUUUCAGAAGGUGUUGAAGAUGGUGAAGAACAACCCAAGGUUGAAGCAAAAGACGAGGAAAUGCAAACACCAGCCAUAAAGGAAAAUGGCAAGGAAAUGGAGAACUAGGUUGGUUAUGAAUGAAAAUAACCAUUCUUGUGUUUUGAACUAUAUUAUCAUGUUUCUUAGGUUACAAAUUCCAAGUCUUUCAUAUGUUCCAAUUGAUAUAUGGUAUUGACAAUUUAAUUUACAUUGCAUUUUUUGGA